CGCGGUUCGCUGUCUCGCGGCACGUACUUCUUAAACUUUCACUCUCAGUGUCUCAGUUCCAGCUGAUCGAGUGUUGUGAGACUUGCGAUUUGUUUAGGAGUUUGCUUGCUGUAUCUGGUUAUAUGGCCGUAUAAAUGAACUGUGUUAUAUAACGCGCUGUAGGAGCUGUGAAAAUGGGAAAAUCUGACGCAAAAGAGACGAAAGAAGCUACAAGUAAAAAUACAGCAGGUUCCAAAGAUGAUGAUUACACAAGUGAAUUCGACUGGAUCCAAAUACGGCAGAAAAUAGAAAAUUACGAAAAUAUCCAAGAAGAAACUUUCACAUCUAAGCUGAAGCGGAAAUUUGGAGAAAACCCGCUUGUACCUAUAGGAGCAUUUGCAACAAUGGGAGCACUUACGAUGGGAUUGUGGAAUUUCCGUCUGGGCAAAAAACGAAUGUCGCAAAACAUGAUGAGACUGCGAAUCGCGGCUCAAGGGUUCACCGUGGUCGCCCUUGUCAGCGGUAUGUUUCUUGCUGCCACUGCAACGGCUAAUAAGGGGGCUUUCAUCCCGGCAGCGACAAAUCCAAAAUAGUUGCAGCAUAAAAUCUGUAUAUUAUCAUCAUAUACUCGAUUUAGUUAAAUACAGAAAAUAAAUAUGAUACUUUAGGAGAA